AGGAAUUAUUCCAGGUUUAACAUCUGAAGUCUGCAUGAUAUAAAACUGUAAUUAUGGAGGUUAUUAAAGAGGAGAGUGUGAACACAAGUGAUCCAGAACACUGCAGAAUUAAAUACGAAGAUACUGAAGAACAAACAGGCCUUUUGGAACUAAACGAAAUGGAGGAGAAAAAACAAAACUAUCAGAAACAACAUAAUUUCACAAAUGGAGAAACAUCUUUUAGUUUCUUACAAACUGAAAAACAAUUUGUCACAUGCCCCCAGUAUGGAGAUGCUUUCAAACUAUAUGUAGAUCUUAAAAAACACCAAAGAGUCCACACACGAAUUAAUCUGCACAUAUGCACUGAGUGUGGAAAGAGCUUCGGAAAUCGGAAAAUCCUUAAGGAUCACAUAAGAAUUCACACUGGAGAAAAGCCUUUCACAUGUCCUCAGUGUGGAAAAAGUUUCAGAUAUCAGAAAGACCUUAAGAUUCACAUAAGAAGUCACACUGGAGAAAAGCCUUUCACAUGUCCUCAGUGUGAAAAAAGUUUUUCACGUAGAGAAGCUCUUCAGAAUCACAUAAGAUACCACACUGGAGAGAAACCUUUCACAUGCCCUCAGUGUGGAAAAUGUUUCGUAAAUAAAGGAGAUCUUAAUAGACACAUAAGAAGUCACACUGGAGAGAAGCCUUUCAUGUGCCCUCAGUGUGGAAACAGGUUCACAUGUAAAGCCAACCUUUCAAACCACAUGAGGAUUCACACUGGAGAGAAGCCUUUUAAAUGUCCUCAGUGUGGAAAGAGCUUCAUGUCUAAAGGAGACCUUCAGGAUCACAUAAGAAUCCACACGGGAGAGAUGCCUUUCACGUGCCAUCAGUGUGGAAAGAGCUUCAGAUACAAAAACUGUCUCAAAAGUCAUUUGCGUCUCCAUUCUGAAGAACGGUCAUUUAACUGUGAUCAGUGCAGUAAAACAUUUCUUGUGGAAUCAUACUUAAAAAGACACCUGAAAACGCAUGCCGUUGAGAAGCCUUACUUGUGUUCUGUCUGUGGAAAAAGUCUUACAAAUCGUUACAGUUUAAAAUCACACCAGAAAAUACACACAGGUGUGAGAGAUCAUGUAUGUUCUGAGUGUGGGAAAUCCUUCACUACAGCUGAAGGCUUGAAAAGGCACCAAAUAAUUCAUUCUGGAGAAAAGCCUCACAAGUGCUCACACUGUGGAAAGAACUUCAGUCAGUCCGGAAGUCUGAAAAUACACGAGCGAGUGCAUACUGGAGAGAAACCAUAUCAAUGCACUUCAUGUGGGAAAGCUUUCAACCAAUCAAGUCAUCUACAGAUCCAUUUGAAAAAGCGUUGCCCAAAAUCACAAGUUCAUCUUCAGGUCCAAAAAGUAAAGGUUUAGAAAUGCAGAUCAACCAAAACAUUCACUUUCUCCCAAUUACAGUAAUUUAAUCCAAGAGGAAUGUUGAAUGCAUUUGAAAAAUGUUUGCUCUGAGAUGACACAAUUUUGGGGGAGAUGCUUUGUAGAUCAUGUAGUUUCCAUUAAACAUCCUUUUUGUGUACCACCUCUCUUAACACAGACAAAAUUCACACAAUGUAUUUUGAAAAUAUGUAUAUUGAACUAUUAGCCUGGUAAAACUCUCUUAUACACUGUCUAGACAAAAAAAGUCAACGUUUGGAUUUUAAUAACGGUUAUGAUCUGGGGUUGCUUCAGUUGGUCAGGUCUCGGCUCAGUUGACUACCUGAAUGUACUGAAUGACCAGGUUAUCCCAUCAAUGGAUUUUUUCUUCCCUGAUGGCACAGGGGUAUCCCAGGUUGACAAUGCCAAGAUUU